CUCUCCCUCAGUCUGCCGGCUGUUGUCGCUCUGCUCACACUGUUUUACGCUCCGACUCUUUCUUUCUCUUUCGCUCGUUUUUUCGCGGAGGUUGAAUGAAAUUUACUUCUUUUUUUUUUUUUUCUUUUUUUUGCACUGGAUACGCAUAAAGCUGGGAAGUGAACACAAGAAUCCAGGAACCUGAAUAUCUGCGGGAGUUCACAGCAAAUGGAUGGCCUGUCAGCUCUGGAGUGCUGAAGCUCUGUAAAGUCAUUCCUGUGUUUUAAUGUGAGCAUCCCUGAGGAGUUUAGUGUGUCAUCGGGACCUUGAGACGCUGCCACACACACAGACACACACACACACACACACACACACACACACGCACACUCUGAUGUUCAGCCUCAUAGCUCUCACAGUAGACCUGGCAGACCUCUAAUCUCUGAAAGAUUGAUGAGGUCUUGUCCAAGCGCAGGAGGCCUGGCACGGUGUCGAUAAGGCGGCUUUCAUUUCACCACGUUUUACUCCUCGCCCCUGCCUUUCUUCUCCUCUUUUACUCCACACUGAAGGACAUGAAGCGUGAGAGAGGAUUAUGACAUACCGAGGCCUCCGGGCGAAAAGGGACAGUGUUUUAAGAAACAGGAACCAUGAAAUGCCCCAAAAAUAACAGUUCUGACCGCUGCGUGGAAGCCGAGCAGGAUGCCAGAGUCGGCAUGUCGCUGUCAAACUGCUGGAGCUGGAAUAUAGUGAAACUACAGCGAGGAAAAACGGAGAGCUGAGAGUAGCUGAACGCACGAAAAACACACAGUCAGAGAGGCUCACACAGGACAAUGUGCAACAUCUCCUUCUGUGAUGUGGACAGUAAGGUGGACCAGUUCUUCCAGCCGACGCUCUACAUCAUAGUCAUCGUUCUGGGGCUGCCCACUAACUGCAUGGCACUGUGGGCCGCCUACAUGCAGGUUCGCCAACGCAACGAGCUCGGCGUCUACUUAAUCAACCUCUCGGUGGCUGACCUCCUCUACAUCACCACUCUUCCUCUGUGGAUCGACUACUUCCUGCAGCACGAUGACUGGAUCCACGGUCAGGAGAGCUGCAAGCUGUUUGGAUUUAUCUUCUACACUAAUAUCUAUGUCAGCAUUGCCUUCCUCUGCUGUAUAUCACUGGACAGGUACCUGGCUGUGGCGUAUCCUCUGCGCUUUGCGAAGGUUCGACGGAUCAAAACGGCCAUCCUGGUCAGCGCCAUGGUCUGGAUCAUCGAGAUCGUCGCCAACUCCGCUCCUCUCUUCCAUGAUGAGCUCUUCCAGGACCGCUUCAACCACACCUUCUGCUUCGAGAAAUAUCCCAUGCAGGACUGGGUGGCAGGGAUGAACCUCUACAGGACAUUUCUUGGCUUUCUGGCUCCGUGGACAGCCAUGCUCAUCGCCUACCGAGGGAUCCUCGUGGCGGUGCGGUGCAACGUCUCCACAGAGCGUCAGGAAAAGGCCAAAAUUCAGCGUCUGGCUUUGAGUUUGAUUCUCAUUGUCCUGCUGUGCUUUGGACCAUACCACAUCCUGCUUCUGGUGCGGAGUGCCAUGUUUCUGAGGAAGCCAUGUGACUGCAGCUCAGAGGAGACCCUGUUUGCGGCGUAUCACGUAUCUUUAGCACUGACCAGCCUGAACUGUGUGGCUGAUCCCAUUUUGUACUGUUUCGUCAAUGAGGGGGCGAGGCACGAUGUCGGCCGAGCGCUCUCAGCUUUACUGUCCGCCGCCUGCCACCGGCGCUCCUCUUCCUCGCCGUCGCACGCUGACAUACUCAACGCUGGUUCGGUAACCAUGGAAACGCCGCUGUCUGCAAAGAAGCAGCCCUGUGUGUACGCUGACGGAGGCAAGACGAGCAGCUACAAGACUGAGCUGGUGGCUCUGAAGGAGGAGUGCUUACAGAUGACCAUCCUCAGUGUUAAGAAGUGAACGCACAGUAACAGAUCCAAACUGUUCAGAGGAAGCUCCUAGCACUCCCAGGGUCUGGUUUCUUCAGGCUGAAAUCAGAUGCAAGUAGUGGCUGUAGAUGUGUGGGGUUAAAGCUUCCACUAGAUGGCACAUUAAGAAGCCAACAAAGUCAACAAAAUACAUGGUCUGUAGUCACGGUAACAGACAGAUGUGAGGUGGAAAUGAACGGAAAACAGUUGAAUGUCGAUGGAGAAACUACUUUGUUGUUGUUAGAUCUUCACCUCGUGUGGGGGGAAAAAAUUCUGCAAACAAAUUAGGUUGGAUUUUGUAAUGUAGUUUGUAACAAAAAAACAUGACAAAUAUGAAUUUUCUUGCAUUCUAAUUACCUGUUCACACAAUAAGGUUUUCAGUUAUAUGCUGCUGAUUUGGUUCAACUUUCACCUGUACAGCUGCACUGCAUGCUACACUUGGCAUGUCAACGUGAUUUGUGGUUGGAGCAGAAGAAACUUUGAUCUGACGGUGGCGCUCUAUGAAAAGUUAGGGGAUCACCAGCAUCCUUAGGAUUCAAAUUCACCUUAACAUGAAUCUCUGUACUAAAUUUCACACCAAACGUCCAGUAAAUGUUGAGAUAUUUCAGUCUGGAUCAAAGUCUAGAACAAAUCGACCGACCCACCAAUGGUGCGACUAGUAAGGAUCUUAACAAUACAGUUUGGAUUGUGGACUAUUUUCUGUGCCAGGAGUUGUUUGUGAUGCCGAGGAAGACACUUUUGAAUAUUUAAAUAUUUAAACAGACUGGUCUCUGCAUAUCGGAGUGCUGCAGGUAGUCCGAGAGGAGACUCGCUGUCACAUCGACGCCCAACUGGACAAAAGGCAGAUGCUCUGCUUUGGAAUAUGAAUAAAGAGCGGCAGGAGGUUGAUACAAAAGAUUGAGAAUUAAACAUUUGUAAUGCAGUUUGGAAAUGUCUUUAUUGUUACAGUAGUUUUUUUGUUGAAAGAAAUAAUGAAGCCUUUUGAAGUACCUCAGCUUGUAAACUGUGACAGCAUGAAGGCUUAGAGUCAAAGUGUCUUUCUUUUGUAAUAUGAGCCAUGUUUUUUGUCUUAUUUUUACCACAUACAGCAAAAAAUAUAUAUCUCACAUCACUGAGAUAUAAAACAGCCUUUUACUGCAUUCUGCUUAGCCUGAAAGUUUCACAUUUAACUAUAUUAGCGGUAUGUUGUGGAGCAGAAAAUCAGUGUCAUAGUUGUAAAACAGAGAUGGUUUUUUUUGCAAUAUGAGUGCAUGCAUUUGCUAGUAAUCAUAAAAAUAUGGGAACGUACAUGCUAGAGGUAUAAAAUUUUACUUUUAUUGCUUAAAAGUUCUGACAGCAUUGACUUUGCUGCAGAUAAUAACAUCUGACCUGCCUGGAUUCAAACUGCGAGAGCAAAGGCCCAGUUGACCCAGUAACAUUUACAUUCCAAUUACAGACAAAAGCUUUUGAAUUAAGUCCUGAACUUUCAAAAUUAUAUUUUGAUCAUUGUUGUUUUCAGUUUCAUUUGUCCUCACUAACCAUGUUGCGCAACAGUCAUCAGAUCUAAUCCAGUUUCUCUAAAUUGACAGGAUUUAUACGUUCCUCCAUGAAUCACGUGGCUGCUAACGUGGUUUGUCAUAAUAGAGAAUCAAAUUAGGAAGUAUUAAUCAUGCAUUUUUUAAAGUGUGUUAAGGAAAAGAUUUAUUGGAAUAAACAUAAAACCAUCUCCAGCCCUGGAGGAUAUGGCUGAACUGAAACGAGCAAUGCAGCAUUGAUUGUUUUUAAGGACUCUUUCCAAAAUCAGUAGUUAAAAAUGUAUAGCAUUUAUAGCUUUUCUAUGUGAGGGCUGAUUGAUUUUAAUGUAAACAUAAAUGACCGUUUUAAUCAGCCAGUUCUAGCAUAGCUGUCAUAUUUUAUUUCUAGAGUCAAGUGGGAGCUGUCAGAAAAUGAAAUUGAUUGAUGUUACUUUUCCAUUUUGGGAGCUUUUUUAUACAGUAAAUCCAACAUAAAGUGACCAAAUAAUGCAAAUUUAGCUCUCACAUUUGCAAAUCCAAAAAAUAGCAUUUUGAAUUUAAAAAAAAAAUGCAGUAAAUUUGACUCCAGAAAACUAAAUCAACUGUCAGCCUGAUCUUUAAACUUUUUUUCUGUUUGCUUUUCUGUGCAGUUGUAUGUUUUUGUACCUUUGGAUUAAUGGUAAUAACAUUUCAUCAAUGCAUCUGUUUACACUGUAGGAUUCUCUGCUGUAUGCUCAGAAAUAUAGCAACGAAUGAUCUUCCUUGUGUGCAGUAUUAUGGUUCAUUAAUCUCCAGUUCAAGGCAGUGGUUUAGCUGAGAUAAAGAAGUGCCCACAUUGCAGUUACACCUGCAUCCCAGCAGCAGUGAUUUUUUUAAAAAUAAUGUUUUCUCGGCAUGAAAGCACUGCUCAGCUCAGUGCAGUGAUGUAAAAUGAAGUCUGUGGAAACUUUCAGCUUGUUCGUGUCGCUGCUCUACCUGCCGCUGGUUUUGUCGUGCAUCCGUGUGUCGGUUCUGAGAGGAGAGGAGACGCCAGGCUUCAUAUUGUGUAUUUGCUCAUCGACAGUGUCAGUGAGAAAUAAAUCAUGCAUAUGAAACUUUG